AUGGGAAACGUGUUCGGCAACUUAUUUAAAGGCCUUUUCGGCAAAAAAGAGAUGCGUAUUUUGAUGGUUGGAUUGGAUGCGGCCGGAAAAACAACAAUUUUGUACAAAUUGAAGUUGGGAGAAAUUGUCACCACAAUUCCAACUAUUGGUUCGUUUUAUUUGGGAAAAGAUAGAGGGUUGAGAAAUGCUCUAUGGGAUUUCAUUAAAGAGGUUUUACACAGGGUUGAAAUUGAAAAGAUUCUGAGUUAUGACGUGGCAAAUUGAGAAAGGUACAAAGAAGGUGGAUUUUUUAAAAUGAAGUUUUUUAUUAAGUCAUGUCCAGGUCAUAUUAAUCUGAUUUGUGGAUUUUAGUCCCUAAUUCACAAAUUAAGGAUCUCAAAAACUUCCAGAUCUCAUUUUUGCCACGUCAUAGCUCUCUAACUCGGAAACUGUAAAACUUUAUCUUCCUAGAUUUCAUCAUAAAAUGAGUGACUAUUUGCAGGAUUCAACGUUGAGACAGUCGAAUAUAAGAACAUCUCAUUCACAGUUUGGGAUGUUGGAGGUCAAGACAAAAUUAGACCAUUGUGGAGGCAUUAUUUCCAAAAUACUCAGGGUAAGUCACAAUUUUUCGCUGUGUUCCAAUCUUAUCACUCAAUUUAAAACUUGUCCAAUUUUUUUUUGAACGAAAAUUGAUAAGAAGAAUAAAAUUGAUAGAUUGAACAAAACAUGGUUGAUUUUCAGGAUUAAUCUUUGUUGUCGAUUCAAAUGAUCGUGAACGUUUGGGUGAAGCACGCGAAGAAUUGAUGAGAAUGUUGGCCGAAGACGAACUCCGUGAUGCAGUUCUUCUCGUUUUUGCCAACAAACAAGAUUUGCCACAAGCGAUGAAUGCGGCUGAAUGUACGGAUAAACUUGGAUUGCACUCACUUAGAAAUCGAUCAUGGUAUAUUCAGGUAAGAAAAUUGGUGAUAAAGAGAAAUCGCUUUUGAGGAAACCUAUAGAUUAAAUAUUCUCAUCACAAAUUUUGGAAUUUUUAAUAUUGAUCUAUAUAAAAAAUAAAUAUUGUUGAUCUAUAUAAAUUUAAAAGAAAUGAAAAUUUUAAAAAAACUUGAAUUUUUAAUGAAUUAACUGAUUUUUGACCUGAAAUUAAAAUUUACCAAAAAUUGACCAGUGUUCAAAAAUGUAAACUAAAUAUGUUAUCAGCAAGUUUUUUCAAAACCCUUCCAACUUCCCCAAAAAUCUAUGAAUCUCAAAUUUUAAUUAAUUUCAGGCUACAUGUGCAACAUCUGGAGAUGGUCUUUAUGAAGGACUCGAUUGGCUCAGCAAUCAGCUCAAGAAUCGAUCAUAG